AUGCCAGCUACAACACGCGCAUCCCGAAGAUCCACCCCAGAACCCACAGCUACAGGUACAGCAGGUAUGACGACCGCGCUGGAUACCUCGUCUGGCGGGCCCGAAGGGGGUCUUACGCCUGCUAUGAGGCCCAGGGAGGGAAGUCGGACCAGGCCACCCAGGGAAGACGUGUAUCAUCCGAAAUACGCUGUGGACUUGGCCGUCACAGAUAACGUCUUUCUCUUCCCCUCCAACCUCAUCGGCUAUCUCCGCGUCGUCCUCGCCGGCGCCAGCCUCUGCAUCAUGCCUAUCCACCCGAGGAUCUGUACAGUGUUGUACUUUACAUCGUGUAUCCUCGAUGUGGCGGAUGGGCAGGUCGCGCGGGCGUUGAAUCAGACAAGCAAGUUUGGGGCGGUGCUGGAUAUGGUGACUGAUCGGUGCACAACAGCCUGUCUGCUAUGUUUCCUCGCUAUAGCCUAUAAACCCUGGGCGCUCCUAUUCCAAUUCCUCAUCUCCCUCGACUUCUCCUCGCACUACAUGCACAUGUACUCAUCCCUCGCCACCGGCUCCACCUCACACAAGACCGUCACCUCCGACGUCUCCCGCAUCCUCUGGCUCUACUACAACAACAAGAUCACCCUCUUCAUCUUCUGCUUUGCAAACGAAACCUUCUUCUUUUGCCUCUACCUCAACAAGUUUUGGACGCACUCGAUCGCACAGUCCCUCCCCUUUUUGCUCGUCAUGUGUCGGGAUCUGGGCUUGCCGGCGGGCGUGGCGGCCGUGCUCGGACGGGUGUCGUGGCCCCAGCUCGUAGCGGGUGUGACGUUCCCGAUUUGCGCGGGCAAGCAGGUCAUCAAUGUGGUGCAGUUUUGGAAGGCUAGUAAGAUUCUCGUAGGGGUGGACAUCGCCGAACGUCAGGCAAAGCGGGAACAAGACGCCAAGGCGCGCCAGUAA